AUGUCCAUGGAAUACCUGCGCGUCCCUGCGGUUGCUCGACUCUGGGAACGAAUGAAAUGCCGCAUGGAGCAAAACUAUGGCGUCCCUCUUCAGGAAAUUAUUACGGAGAACCCACAAAAAAUAUAUGUGCUCGAGGACGCCCUGGACGUAGAUAAAAUUUGUAAGCGAAGUUGUUUUGAGGAUAGAAACAUCGCCGAGUCAUUUCCGCGUCGAAAGGUUGUGUCAUGUCCACGGGGUGGCGUCAUGUCGCUGACAUUUUUAACACAACCGUGCAUCUUGGCGGCGCAGAUGAUGGCGCUCGAGUACCUCCGUGAGACAUGUGGGUACUCGGUUGAGGCUGCCUCUGUCAUUGCUGGUCACAGUCUUGGUGAGUUUUCGGCGUUGUGUGCGUUAGGUGUUUUUCCGCCGGAGGUCGCUGUUGAUCUCGUCUACAAGCGUGGUGCCCUGAUGGAGUACACCCUUGAUCACUUCUCUCCAAACCGUGACAACUACGUGAUGUACGCUUGUCACCCAGUGCGGGCAAAGCUUUGCGCAGACGACCCAGAUGUUGCGGUAGAUCACUUUCACAUACUUGUGGAGCUCGUGGCUCGGUCUCUUUCCACCACGACCUCGUUCGUGGAGGUUGUCAACUACAACAUUGACCGCGAGCAGUACAUCGUUGCGGGAGAUCGGCUGGGGAUGUCGGCCCUUGGAAAGUGCCUUGACCCGCAGUUUAGAGCGAGCGUCUGUGGUCCAUCGUCCUCGCUUGACCGCAUUGCCCGCACGGCGGUGGCGUCAGUGUGGGAGGACAAAAAGGAUGGCGUGACGAUGGACCCCAACAAGGGACCCUCACCGGAUUUUGUAACCUCGUCGGUGAAGAAGUACGGGGUACGCUCGACGUAUCGUCGCUUUAUGCGAGGCCCUGACGAUGGCUACACGCCGUCACUCGAGGAACUCACGCAACUCACCCUCCAGGAGGACGGCCGGAGCGGGCUGAAGAAAAAGUCGUGGUUUAUCCCUAUUCCUGUAAAUGUUCCGUUUCACAGCAGCCGACUUCGUCGGGCGGCGGAUCUUUUCUUGCCUGUCGUGUGGGAUGCGAUGCCGGAGGAAGACUUGCUGCGCUCCUUGUUGGGGUUGGAUGCAAAAUCCGUUACGGACUCCCUUUCGGCUUCUUCCGCUGCAACAGGGGAGGGGCGCCCUGUGUGGUUGACGAACCUCACAGGCACCGCGUUUCGACCCAUGGAUCCCAAGUUUCAGAGUCAUGCGCUGGAGAUGAUGCAGUCGAUGAAUGUGGGCGAGAUUCGUCACCAUGGCCGCUACCAAACCGACUUGGUAGAGAAGGCCUUUAAAAAUGGCGUGGAGCAGAAUAGCGUACGUGGGAUGUGUGCGGCCGUGCUUGCUGCCCAGAUGGCGCAUCCUGUGCAGUGGAUUGAUCUCAUGGAUGCCGCCGUCAUCGACGGAGGUGUUCGCGAGGUACAUGAAAUUGCACCGGUGCGAACGACAGCCGAGAUGUUUAAGCGGACCAUCUUUCGUGAACCCGGUGAGGGCGGCGGAGCUGCGCUGGACGUGGUCACUCGUUGCCUCCCCUCAGAGGAACGUUUUUUGUGA